AUGACAGUUCUGUAUUUAUAUGCGACGAUUCGAAGUCCGUGGAACGAAUUUUUCCCAAACACUCCGAUAAAUAUACGAUUGUGCAAAGCCUAUCGUGAUCGAGUUCCAGUAUCAUUCUUGGAGGAGUGUACAAGUGAAGCUGAUGAUGAUGUGGAUAGUGAUUGCAGCCGCCGAGAACCAAUCAGGAUGGAGGAUAUUGCAAAGCUCAGAGAAAUUGGCAGCGAGGUCAAAUCGAGGGUCUACCAACAGGCUGAAAGGCGCCUUAAAUUGUCUCUGGUGAUUCUGGACGUGGAGGAUACCCUUGCCAAAGAUGAGUCUUCCGACUCGGACUCACUGCAGUGCUGCGUUCUCCCGUCCUCAAACAGGUCAACAAUUACCCCACAUAUACAAAGCGAAGGAGGCGAGAUCGACUAUUUUCGUAGCUCAUCCUACCACGAAGGCUCGAGCCGACGGAAUCGAGAUAGUCGACUCCUGCGAAACACCGAUGUGACUUUACGCCAUCCGGACGAACGAAGUUUCCUCGGUGACCUAAAGUCCACCUCAGUUGAUAUCUUCCCCUUGCCAACACUCUCCUCCAAAACCGAGUCCUCAAUCACAUCCACGCUAACUCCAGACGAGAAGGAGAGCCGUCGCGCGUCGGUGGCACGCUUCAUCGCCGCCUCGCACCACCUCGACGACAAACACCUGUCGCGGACCUGGGAAACCAGCAAAAUCCUCAGCCAGUCGUCUCAGCUGAGACGCGCUGAAAGCCGUCUGCGCGACUCCACCUUCCGGAGCAUUCAGAAGGCCAAGAACACGGUGCUGCGGUUGUUGCACGCCCAGAUCGCUGCCAGGGGCUGGGGCAAUCUGGGAGGAGACGAUAGCGACGACUCGUCGCACAAACUGCGACAACUCAGCAGCCUCUCGCACACCCGAUCUACUCAAAGUCGAGACAGAGAUGACCUAGCGCAGUGGCGACUGUCUGGCGCGGAGAUGUUGGCGUUUGUUGAGUCUAAGCCCCAGGCCUACUGGAAACGCAUAAUUUACGGCGACAACUCGAGGCUCCAAGUCACGAGUGGUGACGACGCGAUGGACGAGGAACACAGAUCUACGUCGUCAAGUCGGUGGUCCAUCUUGACAACACCCCUAGGAGGCAGUUAUUCAGGAACUAGGUCAAGCAGGUUCAACGACGACGUAAGAGUUUCACUGGCAGUGCUUCAGGAGCGCCUCCAGCCGACGGCGUUCGCAGACAUGCUUCUACAACUGCAGGAGGAGUCACCGAGUAGUCAGACGUUAGGCCUCUUCCGGAAGGUCUUCAUGCAAUGCAACUCGUCGUUCAAGUUGCCAGGUAGCAUUAAAUCGAAUGAAUCCGUGAACCCACACUGGAAGCACAAACCAACGGCUGCCUUCACCAGAUUGGUAGAUCCACUCCAACCGCUGGCGCAUUGCGCAAACGACCGGCUAGCUCGGAUCGGCCUGCCCGCCAUCACGGGCAGCGUCAGAGGCUACCUUGAAAAAAUCGCACUUACACAAAAUAUCUACUUCACUACUAUGAAAAAAGGCUAG